CUCACGUGGUGCAGAGGCGGCGCAGGCGCAGUGGCCACCCGCAGGUACGGUCUCCGCGGUUACGGGAGUGGAGCUGCCGGCAAGAGAAUGAUGUCGGGCGGCGUCGUCGCGCUGUCCUUCCUGCUCGUCGCUCUGACCUGUUUGGGCACGGCCGGCCAGGGGCUGGCCGACAAGCGGCUGAAGAUGCAGUACGUUACCGGGCCGGUGCUGCGCUUCCAGAUCUGUAUCUCCUGAGGAUACAGAAGGGUGUUUGAGGAGUACACGCGGGUUAUAAGCCAGCGGUAUCCCGACAUCCGUAUUGAAGGAGAAAAUUACCUUCCACAACCUAUCUACAGACACCUAGCAUCCUUUCUAUCAGUCUUCAAGCUGGUCUUAAUAGGACUAAUUAUAGUUGGCAAAGACCCCUUUCCUAGUUUGGGCAUGGAAGCACCUAGCAUCUGGCAUUGGAGUCAGCAGAACAAGAUUUAUGCAUGCAUGAUGGUGUUCUUCCUGAGUAACAUGAUUGAAAAUCAGUGUAUGUCUACUGGUGCAUUUGAGGUUACAUUAAAUGAUGUUCCAGUGUGGUCCAAGCUAGAAUCUGGCCAUCUUCCAUCCAUGCAACAACUUGUGCAGAUUCUCGACAAUGAAAUGAAACUCAAUGUCCACAUGGAUUCAAUCCCACUUCAUCGAUCUUAGCUAAAUCUCAAGCAUUGGCAAGACUUUUCUGUAUUUGAGAGGGCAUUUUCUAAGACUGGUAAGACUGAUGACUAUGAAGGACUGCACUUAAAGCAGCACCGACUGUUUGUGCAGACUGGAUGUUGCCUACAUCAGGCAUACUGAACCUUUGAAAGCCUCCUCUUAAAAUGGAAAUGUCUUCAGUGCUCAGAUACACUGAUCAUGUUCACCUUGUAGUGUACUGCACAUAUAUCAGAUUGUAAUAUGAACAUAGUUUCUUUUUUAUAUGUAAUUUAAUAUGACUUUGUGGAGGCAUUUAAUGAAAUGAUGAUACAAGUGGCAAAUAACAGUUGUUAUUUUGUGUUUUUAAAUGAGUGGUAUACUGUAAAUUUUAUGUUUGAUAUUGUACUUUAGAAAUUUAUUAAUUUAAUUGCGGGUAUAUUUUCAAUCUGUAACCCUCAUGAAAGCCUAUUUGAGCACUAUGUAGAAGGUUAAUGCUUGCCAUUAGUACUUUGUACUAAUGUCAUUAAGUUGGAACCAUACACUGAAAUAAUUGCCAACAAGUAAAACUUUUUUUUUCUCUCCCUAAUCUAGCACUUUCAAAUAGUCUAAACUGUUUAUCACAAUUUGAGCAAAUAACCAUCCAGGUCGGGUUUUUUAAAGAUUGACUUGGAGAGUGCACCAUCAUUGGUUCAAGGUGUAUAACAGCUGGAUAGGAAGGUUUACCCAAAAGUUAGUUAAAAUGUCUUCAGUUAUCCUCCGUGAGACAGGGGAGGAGUAAACCUGGAACCUGGAUAAUUUAAAUGCUAAUAUGUUAGAAUGAAAAUAAAGUUUUAAUCCAGUGAAUGCUGAAGUUAAAGUUUGACACAAUGAGGGGGGGGGGGUCACUGCACACUCAGACUUAAUUGGAAUGCAAAAUAAAUCCUUAAGCUUGUAUUAGUUACAAACUGGACAUCAAAUUCAUUUGUAAAGGUGAUGGGUGAAUUCUUACCUGGUUCUUGAGAUUUAAUUUGAAAUAAAUAUGAGAUUUAAUUUGAAAUAAAUACUUUUGGUCAAUUUCCUGCUCAAUGCUACUGCCACAUUUUGGGAUUAUUAUUUUCUGAUUACUUGUAUACCAUAAGAAAUUGUAUUUUUUUUUUUUUGCUAACACUUCAGAUUUCUCUCUUUACUGACCUGAUUCGUGUUAUAGGUUUUAAUGGAAAUUGAGCAUUUCUUAAAUAUCUUGACGGAUGCACUGUGCUAAAGUUUGAGAUGCAUUCAGCUCAGUUAAAUAUUUCUAAUACCCUUGAUAACUGUCUGCCAGCAAAAAACUAUAUCAACCUGUUAUAUUAAAAAGAUAUUUAAUGAA